CAUAAUUAAAGUUUAGUAUGAUACCACAGUAGUCAACGCGGCAAAGAGGCUGCUCAACUCGGCUACCAUUUUACAACGGCCUAGGAAUCCUGUGUUCCAAUAUCUCUUAUUGGAGCACGGCUCUUCCUAGUUACUUUGGAGCCGGGGUUCCUGGCUCAAACAUUCCUAUAGAUCUCAAUUUUUCCUAUUCCAACCUGAAUGAGGUAGAAUAGAGGCUAUAGACGUUAAAAUGAAGUUUGGAUCAGUUCGGUGGAAGAACUGUCUAGCACCGUUAUUGUUGUUUAUUGUGCUAGUUCAAUCUCAGGAAGAAAAACCAUGUAUAUCAAAAGAUGGACAGACCUAUCAGUCCGGAGAUGAAUGGAUACAGAUACCAUGCAAAUGGUGUUCGUGUAAGGAUGGCAAAAUUGAUUGUUCUGAAUUAAUUGAUUGUGAUCAAUAUGAAGGAUUAACAAAUGCUGGCGUUCUUGUAGAGAAAGAAGUGAAACCAAUUCAAUCCCAUGAAGCAAUUGAACGCGAAGCAGAGGGAUCCUCUGGUAUGCCUGGACGUACUGGAAUUAUGGGACAAGCGGGACCGAUUGGAGACCCUGGACCAGAUGGUAACCAUGGUAUUCCCGGACCACCAGGUCCUCCAGGAAUCCCUCCAAUGUCAGCAGACCAGGCCUAUGCUCGAUAUUUCCAACAGACUUAUAAUCAGGCUUUUAAGGCAGGAGGAAGAGCUCAAAAUGUACCAUAUCUGCAGGCACAUGUUGGACCAAGUGGCCCUAGAGGAUCACCAGGACCCCCUGGAUCACCAGGACCUCAGGGCAUGCAGGGUAUGAGAGGAGAACCUGGAGACUCUGGACCACCUGGAUCACCAGGACAACGUGGAGCCCCAGGCCCAAAUGGAAUUUCAGGCAUAGAGGGAGAUUCAGGAAGAAAUGGAGAGACUGGACCACGUGGCUUACCUGGACCAAAGGGGCCAUCAGGACCCGCAGGUAUGCCAGGUAUGCCAGGAAUGAAGGGACAUCGAGGUUUCAAUGGUCCACAAGGUCCAACUGGUGAACAAGGACGACCGGGUGACAAGGGAAGUUCUGGAUCCCCAGGAGCUCAUGGUCCAAAUGGUCCCCAAGGACAGCGUGGAUUGCAAGGUGAACGUGGAACUGAUGGAGGUUCUGGAUCGCCAGGAUUACCAGGAGUUGAUGGCCUUGCUGGUGCCCCAGGAGAGUCUGGACCAGUUGGACGAUCUGGACCACCUGGAAUGCCUGGCAUGCCAGGUUCUAAGGGUGAUGCUGGUGCAGGAGGACCAAAAGGAACGCAAGGACUGCAAGGUGCUAGGGGAGACCCUGGUAUAUCUGGACCUCCAGGUGCAGAGGGAUUAGCUGGGACUGAUGGUUUAACUGGAAUGAAUGGAGAAAAAGGUGCUUCUGGAGACCCAGGACCAGCAGGAUCCCCAGGAUAUCCUGGACCAAGAGGACCAUCUGGCUUAAACGGAAGUCCAGGUUCACUAGGAGCCAAGGGUGCCCCUGGUCAACCUGGAGAGUCAGGAUUCAAAGGAGAACGUGGACCAAAAGGACUCCAUGGAUCCGGAGGAAACCGUGGACCACCUGGACCUCCUGGAAAGGAAGGAAAACGAGGACAAAGAGGAACAUUAGGAGAGCCUGGACCAUUAGGGCCACCUGGAGAAAGGGGAUCAACUGGACCGAGAGGAUAUCCUGGUGCUAUUGGAGAACCUGGUACCUCAGGAGAAGAAGGAGAGACUGGACCCAGAGGAAGACGAGGAGAACCUGGAGCAUUAGGAGAACCAGGCAGACAGGGAGGUCCAGGAGCUAGAGGAGCAAGAGGAGGUAGUGGAGGACCAGGGUUAGAUGGUAUGGCUGGCAGACCUGGACCUGCAGGAGUCACUGGCAAUGAUGGAAGACCAGGAGAGAUGGGAGCCCCUGGCAUCCCUGGACCUGCUGGAACUCAAGGUCCACAAGGAAACCAAGGCUCAAGGGGACCUCCAGGAAAAGAUGGAAAUCCAGGAGGCCAAGGUCCACGUGGACCAGAUGGAGACAAUGGACCUGCUGGAGAAAGAGGAAAUACUGGACCACCAGGAGCAACUGGAGAGGCAGGUGGCAGAGGACCUGAUGGAAAUGCUGGUGCAACAGGAUUUAUUGGAGCUCCAGGAAUACCAGGAGGGAGAGGGGAGCCCGGUAAACCAGGAGAGCCUGGACCCCCUGGAGAUGCAGGCAAAACUGGACGCACAGGAGCAAAUGGAGAGCGAGGAAUUCCUGGUGUGGUUGGAGAACCUGGUACCCCUGGAGAGCCUGGAGCCCCAGGACCAACUGGUGGAGCUGGGAGGGAUGGAGAAAGAGGACCACCAGGUGAUCGUGGGCAGCAAGGUGAUGUAGGCCCUGAGGGUCCACCGGGUCAACAAGGAAUGAGAGGACAAAGAGGAGAAAGGGGACCUAAAGGUGACAUCGGAGAAUCUGGAAACCCAGGAUCAGAUGGAAAUGAAGGAAAACAAGGACCUCGAGGACCACCUGGUACACCCGGUCCUUCUGGUAUAAUGGGAGAGCCUGCUCCAAAAGGAGAAAAUGGUGAUGCUGGUUCAACUGGAGAGAAUGGAGCUCGUGGUUCCCCAGGAGAGAGAGGUCAACAAGGAGUAGUGGGAGAAGCAGGCUUGCCAGGACCAGGGGGUAUACCUGGAUUAUCAGGGGCCAAAGGAGCAAGAGGGUUCGCUGGACCUAAAGGAGAACAAGGGUCAACCGGAAUUGCAGGACAAGGUGGACCACCAGGACCAAAUGGACGGCCUGGUAUGAAUGGAAGGAAAGGAGUCCGUGGAGACAGAGGAGCUCAAGGUCUUCCUGGACAGCCUGGAGCACCAGGAGGUGUUGGACCUCAAGGACAGUCUGGAUCAUCUGGUGAAGAUGGACCACCUGGCCCAUCCGGACCUGAUGGCAUAAAAGGAUCACGUGGAGAGACUGGUCACAUGGGUCGUCCCGGAGAAUCUGGAGCACCUGGCUUUGCAGGAGAACCUGGAUUAAAGGGAUCUAGGGGAGACGAUGGAGAACAAGGACAAACUGGACCUCUUGGAGCAUCUGGACCACCAGGUGAAAGUGGACAGCCAGGAGACUCAGGACAACCAGGAGAAAGAGGGCCUAAUGGUCCACCAGGACCAGCGGGAAUGCAAGGAGAUGCUGGAAGACCUGGACAAGAUGGUAGUCCUGGUAAAGCAGGACCACAAGGUGUAACCGGUAGCCCUGGACCCAUAGGAGAUGUUGGACAUCCAGGACCCCCUGGACCAGAUGGUGCACCUGGUCUUCAAGGACAAUCAGGUGAAAAAGGAGUUGAUGGUGAUAUAGGACCACCAGGAGCAGUUGGAUUAAUGGGAUUUAAUGGACCUCCAGGAGGCCCAGGACCCGCUGGACCUGCAGGACAACGUGGAGAAAGGGGUGAGCCCGGACCAAAUGGAGCACCUGGUCAAUCCGGUGGCAGAGGUACACCUGGACCACAAGGUCCACAAGGAGUCACUGGAGAAAGAGGUGGAAAUGGAGAAAAUGGAGACAAGGGAGAUCCUGGACUACAAGGCAUGAACGGAUUACCUGGACCAGAGGGUGCAGUAGGAGAACCAGGAUCCUUGGGACCACAAGGAGCCCCAGGACAAAGAGGUCCUGAUGGAAGACGUGGAGAUCCUGGAACUGAUGGGCACCCAGGACCUUCUGGACCUCCCGGACCACCAGGUAGAAGAGGGCCAUCAGGAGAAGACGGACGCAGGGGAUCAAUGGGAGAAGCCGGAAAUCCAGGACCACCUGGUCGACCAGGACGAAACAUUUAUGGUGGAGCAAUGAGUCAGUGGUUCCAAAACCCAGCACAAGGAAACAAAGGUUGGCAAGGAGAUGACCCAAUUCCUGAAGAAGAGAUUGAUGCUGAUGUGUUUAAAGCAUUGGAAGAAGUUACUCUUCAAAUAGAAAAGAUCAGGAAUCCUACUGGUGAACAAGAUUCUCCAGCUCGCACCUGUGAAGAUCUCAAACUUCAUAAUCCAGAUAUUGAGGAUGGUGAAUAUUGGAUUAACCCUAACCUUGGACCAAUAUAUGAUGUUAUAAAAGUACGAUGUGAAUUCAAGAGGAAGAGAACAUUCACAUGUGUACAACCAGAAAUUAAAGUGAUUGAGAAUGUUAAGGUUGUACCAACAACUUCCCACACCUGGCUUUCUGAUGUACUAGGAUACAAGUUUACCUAUGAUCCAAGUGCCUUCAUCAAACCACAGAUUAAAUUCCUUCAGUAUCUUCAUCAAAAGGUUAACCAGAAAAUUACAUAUGAAUGUAAAAACUCCAUUGCCAUUGGUAAGGGUGAGGAUAAAUCUAUUCAACUUUCUGGAUUUGAUGAUACUACAAUGACCAUUAAAGGCAAGAGGAGCAUCCGAUACAAGGUGGAAGAAGAUUCAUGCAAGGUUAAGAAUGGUCAAUGGGGAAGGACAGUUCUAGAGAUCAAUACAAAGAGAACAAAAUCCUUACCAGUAAUGGAUAUAGGUGUAUAUGAUGUAGGGGCACCUGACCAAGACUUUAAAAUUAAACUUGGAGAAGUUUGCUUCUUUAACUAAAAUCAUUUUACAUUUAAGCUUCAUAUUUUCAUAAGCAUUUUUUUAUAAUAGCAUUUAUCAUGUUGUGCAAUGUUAUGGUGCUGUAAAACUAUUUUAGAGACUUUUGAAACACAUUUAGGACGGAAUAGUGUGGAUAUUUUUAUCAAUUAACAAUGAUUUUUAUUUGUGCAAUAUAUUUUGUAUAAUGAUUUGUUUUUUGGUAUUCGUCCUAUGGAAGGGACCAUUCCUUUUAUAAUUUACACAUCAGGGAGAAUGUAAUGUUUGUAUGGAGAUAGAUUUUUCUAUCCUAUGAGAGUUGCCAUGUAUAUAUUUGUGUUAGUUUUAUAAUUUUUAGCUGUGAAAUUUAUUGCCGUUAGAAAAUCUCAACAUCUGUGGUCUGCCAUGAUACCACUUUACUAACGACAACAAAUUUCUGGUAUAAUACACCUUAUCUGUGAUAUCAUUUGCCAGACACUGCCAUGAUUUCAAGACUGUUAACAUAUUUUUGUUUUAUUUGUAUAACAUUGAAUUUUCUAUGCAAUAUGAUUUGAUAUCUGCUUUUCUCAUCAAUAGCAUUUUAUAUACAGAUCUUGUUCAGAAGGUUUAUUGUAAUUUCAGCUUUCAGAGAAAAUAAAAAAACUACAAGUUAAA